AUGUCUCAUUAUCUUGUCACUGGCGCAACUGGAGGAUCAACCUCUGGGGCAACAGCACCCAAUCGUCUCGAAAUUAAUGAUUUCGUCAAACAAGAAGACCAGUUUUCUCUUUAUAUUCAGGCUUUGCAAUACAUUUAUUCAAGUAAAAGCCAAGACGAUAUUGACUCCUUCUUCCAAAUCGGAGGGAUCCAUGGCCUUCCGUAUGUCCCUUGGGACGGCGCAGGAAAUAAGCCAGUAGACACUGAUGCCUGGGAGGGAUAUUGCACUCAUGGCAGCGUGUUAUUUCCAACCUUCCACCGUCCGUAUGUUCUACUCAUCGAGCAAGCAAUCCAGGCUGCGGCCGUCGAUAUCGCCGCAACAUACAUCGUAGAUAGAGCUCGUUACCAGGACGCCGCGUUGAAUCUACGUCAGCCAUACUGGGAUUGGGCCCGAAACCCAGUUCCUCCGCCGGAAGUAAUAUCUCUGGACGAGGUUACCAUCGUUAACCCAAGCGGAGAGAAAAUCUCUGUUCCCAACCCUCUCCGACGUUAUACAUUCCACCCCAUAGAUCCGUCCUUCCCUGAACCAUAUCAGUCUUGGUCGACUACUCUUCGACAUCCUUUGUCCGAUGAUGCCAAUGCAUCGGACAAUGUUCCAGAAUUGAAAGCGACGUUGAGAAGUGCUGGUCCGCAACUCAAGACCAAGACGUACAACCUUCUGACGCGAGUUCAUACAUGGCCGGCGUUCAGUAACCAUACGCCCGACGAUGGAGGGAGUACCAGCAAUAGUCUUGAAGGCUUAUGGUCUCCACAAGGUAUCCACGACAGUGUCCACGUCGAUGUUGGUGGAAACGGGCAAAUGUCAGAUCCUUCAGUAGCAGGAUUCGAUCCCAUUUUCUUUAUGCACCAUGCCCAGGUUGAUCGUCUGCUUUCAUUGUGGUCUGCAUUGAAUCCGAGGGUGUGGAUUACCGACGGACCUUCUGGCGAUGGGACAUGGACUAUCCCUCCCGACACUGUAAUUGGAAAGGAUACUGGUACUUUCACGCUCGAUUCGUACGGAUGGACCCGAAAUCUUACUCCGUUCUGGAACACCCAGUCAUCGUAUUGGAUUUCUGCCAAUGUGACCGAUACGUCCAAGAUGGGAUAUACAUAUCCAGAAUUUAACAAUCUCGAUAUGGGAAAUGAAGUUGCAGUUCGAUCUGCUAUAGCUGCACAAGUUAACAAGCUCUAUGGUGGACCAUUCACGAAAUUCGCGGCAGCAAUUCAACAACCUUCUUCUCAAACUACUGCAGACGCUUCCACGAUUGGCAAUGUCACAAGCGAUGCCUCUUCGCACCUGGUAGACAGCAAAGUCAAUCCGACGCCAAAUAGAAGCAUUGAUGAUGCCCCUCAAGUAAAAAUAGCUUCCACUGUAAGGAACAACGAACAAAAGGAGUUUUGGGAAUGGACUGCCCGUGUGCAGGUCAAGAAGUACGAAAUAGGUGGAAGCUUCAAGGUCUUAUUCUUCUUAGGCAGUGUGCCCAGUGAUCCCAAGGAAUGGGCUACUGAUCCCCAUUUUGUCGGAGCAUUCCACGGGUUCGUGAAUAGCUCUGCCGAACGAUGCGCAAACUGUCGGCGUCAACAGGAUGUCGUUCUCGAAGGAUUCGUGCAUCUCAACGAAGGUAUUGCGAACAUUUCCAACUUGAACUCAUUCGACCCAAUCGUUGUGGAACCGUAUCUUAAAGAGAACUUCCACUGGCGUGUAUCGGGCGAGGUAGUCAAUUUGGAUGCAGCGACAUCCCUGGAAGUCGUAGUUGUCGCUACGCGUUUGGAGUUGCCUCCUGGAGAGAUCUUCCCAGUACCUGCAGAGACACACCACCAUCACCAUAUCACACAUGGUCGUCCUGGUGGUUCUCGCCACAGCGUCGCAUCUUCAAGCUCCUAA